CUUUUUCCAGAAGUCAAACGUUACAAUCUUCCUGUGAUUUGCCGCUGGACUUAAUAAUUUAGAAAAUAUUCAUUCCCUUCUGAUAAAUUAAACAGAAGACUACAAUCAAGGAAGAGUGAGCGGGAAAUCAUGUUUUAUCAUGUAAGAUGUUCGAUUUGUAUGAAAUUGUGACGAUAACAAACAUCACCAUGUCUAACUAUGCUAGUGCUAGCUUUGUUAGCCGGUUGGCUAGCUAUCUAGCUAACUGCUCUCUUAACUGACUUUUCAAAAUGAAAACAAAAUCAACGUCCAUAAUAGUUCUGCGUAUUUAACGGUUUGAUACCUGUCUGGUGAUGAUAGUUUGUUAAAAACAGCUGUGAAUCAGAUAACUAAAUGUUACUUAGAGUAAGUGCUGGCAUUCUCAAUGAUAAACCGUACGACUGUUGUUCAGUACUAAAUUACCUAUUGUAAAAAAAAAAACACUAACUAUAUAUAUAUAUAUUUUUAUCAUUCACAGAUUUCCCUGGAGCAUGAGAUUCUGCUCCACCCUCGGUACUUUGGUCCCAACCUCCUGAACACUGUGAAACAGAAGCUCUUCACAGAAGUGGAGGGAACAUGCACAGGAAAGUGAGUGGUAUUGAGCCAGGGCAGCUUCCCUUUCAUGAUCCUGGAACCCACACUCAGUAUUGUUAAGUGCAGUGAAACUAAGGGAUAUUCAGUGCUACAUUUCAAUGUAGAAUAGAGACCACAUAUUGUCUUUACAGUUUGCACCCUUUCACAACACUGGGUUGGUUGUUUUGACCUGUAACAAGUUGAGUUGCUUGCUCAGUUAAUGAUGCUAACUCUGUUUCAGAUAUGGAUUCGUCAUUGCGGUGACCACCAUUGACAACAUUGGUGCAGGUGUCAUCCAACCAGGCAGGGGAUUCGUGCUUUACCCUGUCAAGUACAAGGCUAUUGUCUUCCGUCCAUUCAAAGGCGAGGUGGUAGAUGCCGUGGUUACCCAGGUCAACAAAGUAAGGAAACAAAACAAAGGUUACGUCCCAAAUGGAAACCUAUUCCCUAUAUCAGGGAUCAUCGCUAGAUUCAGCCGCGGGCUGAUAUUUUUGUUGUUGUUGAAAAAACAAACAAAAUUAGUUUGUAGACUGCAAAUUGACUUCAAGAAACCCAAACAGAUUGCAAAAGUAUUCAUCCCCCUUGGCGUUUUUCCUAUUUUGUUGCAUUACAACCUGUAAUUUAAAUGGAUUUUUUGGGGGGAUUUCAUGUAAUGGACGUACACGAAAUAGUCCAAAUUGUGCGUGCAUAUGUAUUCUCCCCCUUUGCUAUGAAGCCCCUAAAUAACAUCUGGUGCAACCAAUUACCUUCAGAAGUCACAUAAUUAGUUUUAAAAAGUCCACCUGUGUGCAAUCUAAGUGUCACAUGAUCUGUCGCAUGAUCUCAGUAUAUAUACACCUGUUCUGAAAGGCCCCAGAGUCUGCAACACCACUAAGCAAGGCGUACCACCAAGCAAGCGGCACCAUGAAGACCAAGGAGCUCUCCAAACAGGUCAGGGACAAAGUUGUGGAGAAGUACAGAUCAGGGUUGGGUUAUAAAAAGAUCAGAAACUUUGAACAUCCCACGGAGCACCAUUUAAAUCCAUUAUUAAAAAAAUUGAAAGAAUAUGGCACCACAACAAACCUGCCAAGAGAGGGCGGCCCAGAGGGCAUUAAUCAGAGAGGCAACAAAGAGACCAAAGAUAACCCUGAAGGAGCUGCAAAGCUCCACAGCGGAGAUUAGAGUAUCUGUCCAUAAGACCACUUUAAGCAGUACACUCCACAGAGCUGGGCUUUACGGAAGAGUGACCAGAAAAAAGCCAUUGCUUAAAGAAAAAAAAUAUGCAAACACGUUUGGUGUUUGCCAAAAGGCAUGUGGGAGACUCCCCAAACAUAUGGAAGAAGGUCAGAUGAGACUAAAAUUGAGCUUUUUGGCCAUCAAGGAAAACGCUAUGUCUGGCGCAAACCCAACACCUCAUCACCCCGAGAACACCAUCCCCACAGUGAAGCAUGGUGGUGGCAGCAUCAUGCUGUGGGGAUGUUUUACAUUGGCAGGGACUGGGAAACUGGUCAGAAUUGAAGGAAUGAUGGAUGGCGCUAAAUACAGGGAAAUUAUUGAGGGAAACCUGUUUCAGCCUUCCAGAGAUUUGAGACUGGGACGGAGGUUCACCUUCCAGCAGGACAAUGACCCUAAGCAUACUGCUAAAGCAACACUCGAGUGGUUUAAGGGGAAACAUUUAAAUGUAUUGGAAUGGCCUAUUUAAAGCCCAGACCUCAAUCCAAUUGAGAAUCUGUGGUAUGACUUAAAGAUUGCUGUACACCAGUGGAACCCAUCCAACUUGAAGGAGAUGGAGCAGUUUUGCCUUGAAGAAUGGGCAAAAAUCCCAGUGGCUAGAUGUGCCAAGCUUAUAGAGACAUACCCCAAUAGAUUUGCAGCUGAAUAAGACUUGUAGCUCAGUUGGUAGAGCAUGGCGCUUGCAACGCCAGGGUUGUGGGUUCGAUUCCCAUGGGGGGCCAGUAUGAAAAUGUAUGCCACUCACUUAACUGUAAGUCGCUCUGGAUAAGAGCGUCUGCUAAAUGACUAAAAUGUAAUUGCUGCAAAAGGUGGCUCUACAAAGUAUAGACUUUGGGGGGGUGAAUAGUUAUGCACUCUCAAGUUUUCUGUUUUUUGUCUUAUUUCUUGUUUGUUUCACCCCCAAAAAAUAUUUUGCAUCUUCAAAGUGUAUGUUGUGUAAAUCAAAUGAUACAAACCCCCCAAAAAAUCCACUUUAAUUCCAGGUUGUAAGGCAACAAAAUAGGAAAAAUGCCAAGGGGGGUGAAUACUUUCGCAAGCCACUGUAUAUUUCACUAAAACACAAGAAUUUCAAACCUUGCUUACAUUUGUAUACGGUCCCAUAUCUCUUUAUUAUGCAUGGGAAUAUUUUGGAACAGAUUUCCAAAAUUAGAAUCACUUGAUUUGCUGGUGUUUUUUACAUUCUUAUGUCCAACAAUUAAAAAUAAAAUAUAACACUUGGGGGCGGGAUAAAUAAAAUCACCCGUGGGUCAAAUUCAAUGUUCUAGGUACAAAAGAAUAGGUACAAAGUUUUUUUUUUAAAAAAAUAAAUAAUAUACACAACAUUUACUGUACCAAGACCUACAGGAUGUCUUAAUGAGAACAUUCUGAGAGGUUGCAUGAAAACAUGGAGUGCUGACACUCACCUGAGUGGUUCAAUGAACUGGGACAGUGGAAGAUAGUCCAUGACUGAGAUGUAGACGUAUUUCUCGGCGGGGUGGAUAGAUAGUCUGAGCGUCCAUAAACUGAUACCUGUAUCUGGUGUGGAGCACUCUGAAAGAAUGGGACAGUUUAUUUAACUAUCAGAAGCUUUAUGCAAAAUAUUAGGGGAAGGGGUUAGUUAUUCAAAGACUGUCGAAAGAUAACACCCUGUUACCUUUUUAUAGUGCACUACUUUUGACCAAAGCCCAUAGGGUGCGAUUUGGGACACAGAUCUUCUUUGAUCUCAUUGCAAUCUGAAUAAGGCUUGACAAGAAUAGAUCAUAUUGUUUUCAUGGUGUGGUGAAAUUAAAACAAGAUGUUCUGUUCUUUUCAGGUUGGUCUGUUCACAGAGAUCGGCCCCAUGUCCUGUUUCAUCUCUCGUCAUGUAGGUACACAUGGAAAUGUCUCUCUUGUUGUUGAACGGUUUUAUUGAUAAACUCUUAAAUGUCAACUUGGUCACAUUCUGUUUCUGCAGUCCAUUCCCUCAGAGAUGGAGUUUGACCCCAACUCAAAUCCUCCUUGUUAUAAGACAACCGAUGAGGUAAGACUUAAAACUUGCGCUGCUCUUCACUAAAUAGUUGUUGUCGUUUUUGAAAAUGAAUAUUUAGUGAACAUAACUCUUGGAUACAUUUCCUCUUAUUAAGGAUUCUGUCUUCUCCCCAUUAGGACAUUGUAAUCCAACAGGAUGAUGAGAUUCGGUUGAAGAUCGUGGGAACAAGAGUAGAUAAAAACGACAUUGUGAGUAUACUGUCCAAUCACCAUCAACUAAGAAUGCUACCUGACAGUACACUGUCCAAUCACCAUCAACUAAGAAUGCUACCUGACAGUACACUGUCCAAUCACCAUCAACUAAGAAUGCCACCUGACAGUACACUGUCCAAUGACACUGUAUAUCCUCACAGAUUGCAGGCCACCGCUAGCUAUCUAAAGUCGGAGAUGUUUCCAUAUAGUCUCAUCUCUAUAAAGAGCCUGCGAGUUGUAAUGUUGAAUACUUGCUUUCUUCUUUUUCAGUUUGCCAUUGGAUCCCUCAUGGACGAUUACCUGGGUACGUUGGAGUUGUUGCUUUUAUUAGUCUUCUUUCAUAGUUGUCAAAGAAAUGUUUGAAAGAUUGAAUUGAUAUGUAAUUCGUUUUUUUUUUUCUCUGUUUCUCAGGUCUUGUCAGCUGAUGUCCCUGCAGUGCUAUGCUGUGCAUCAACAUACUAAUCUCAUAUUUCAUGCAAAUGCCCCUACAAUUCAGUACAAAUAUUUUUUUAUAGGUUGAUAAUGUGGUAUUGCUGCACAUCGUCAAGUCCUGUACUUAAUGGGGAAGGAUCAAUGAUCCUUUGACACAGUAUGAAUACAUACUAUUGAAACCACACAGAGCCUGUUGAUAAGCAGGUGGUUAUGUUGCCGUAUUAAACGCUACUGUAUCGUCUUGAGUUACCCUUCAGAUGCUGUUGUACAUUGUACUUCUACAACUUGAGAACUUAAAUAAAUGUUGUUGUUGUUUUUUUGAUGAUGUUGACCUUGUCUCUAUUGAAUGUUCUGUCAUUGUAGAAUAUGUUUUGCCUCG